AUGAAUGCCUGGGUUGCUGCUCUCUUUGUGGGCGUCCCUGUAGUGAGCGCAUUGUAUAUCAAUGGCACUGUUAUCGCACCAUGCGACUCGCCCAUCUACUGCCAGGGCGACCUGCUGCGAGAGAUUGAGCUCGCGCGACCGUUCUCUGAUUCCAAGACACCGACAAUCCGUCCGUUAGACGAAGUCCUCGCAGCGUUUGCCAACCUCACCCGUCCUAUCUCCAACAACACAGAACUUAACGACUUCCUCUCCGAGUACUUCGGUGAAGCGGGGUCAGAGCUCGAGGAGGUUCCGGCCGAAGAUCUCGCGACCGAGCCUGACUUCCUCGGAAAUGUGAACAGCUCCGUUGUUGCGGAUUUCACACAGAAAGUCAUCGACAUCUGGCCCGAUCUUACGCGUAGAUUUGCGGGCGCUGGAAACUGCACCGGCUGCGUCAACUCGUUCAUCCCCCAAAACCGUACAUUCGUCGUUGCUGGUGGUCGCUUCCGUGAGCCAUACUACUGGGACUCGUUCUGGGUCAUUGAGGGUCUUCUGCGGACCAAAGGCUCGUUCACCCAGAUCGCUGAGAACAUCAUCGAGAACUUCUUGGAUCUGGUGGAGACGAUUGGAUUCGUGCCCAAUGGCGCUCGAGUGUACUACGAGAACCGGUCACAACCACCGCUUCUGACCCAGAUGGUGCGCAUCUACGUCGAGUACACGCAGAACUACACCCUCCUUGAGCGUGCCCUGCCUUUGCUGGAGCAAGAACAUGAGUUUUGGAUGAACAACCGCACUGUGACUCUCGAGCGAGGCGGACGAAACUACACGCUCAACCACUACGCCGUCGAAAACACACAGCCGCGGCCAGAGUCUUACUAUGAGGAUUACACGACGGCAAACAACGAGACAUAUUUCAACACAGAGGGCGAGGAGUUCAAUGCCACCAUAACGCUGAACGAGGCCGAAAUCGCGAAAUUGUACGCAAACCUGGCUUCUGGUGCAGAGAGCGGUUGGGACUACUCAAGUCGAUGGAUCAAGAAUCCCGCAGAUGCUGUCAGCGAUGAGAGUUUCCCCCUCCGAUCCCUGAACACCAUGGACAUCAUCCCUGUGGAGUUGAACUCCAUUCUGUACUACAACGAGAUCACGAUUGCCGAGUUCUAUCGCCAUCAAGGUAAUUACAGCGCUGCACGCGAAUGGGCCGGGCUUGCUGCAAAGAGAAGCGAGGCUAUGACGACGCUGCUCUGGAACCCCGAGCAUUACAGCUACUUCGACUACAACAUGACCUCCAGCUCCCAGAAUAUCUACACCCUCGCAGAUAACACCAGCACACCAUUGUCUACCCAAGGUGCGCCAUCCGGUCAGCAGGUCGCGUUCCAGGUCAGCCAAUUCUACCCAUUCUGGACCGGCGCUGCCCCAGAGAGCAUCAAGACCGACCCAACAGCCAUGCGUCGCGUCUUCGCCCGCGUGGAGGAACUUCUCAACGACCGCGCCGGCGCCAUCGGAGCGACAAACCUCGUCACAGGACAGCAAUGGGACGAGCCAAACGUGUGGCCGCCCCUCCAGUACAUCCUCAUGAAGGGCCUGCUCAACACCCCUCUCGAAGUCACCGAAGACGACGACGAAGAAACAACUCAAGACUACAUCUGGACGCAAGACCUCGCCCUGCAACUCGCACAGCGCUACCUCGACUCGCUGUACUGCACAUGGCGCGUUACCGGCGGGUCGACAGACGAAGUCCCCCAGCUCCCCAACUCCGAGGGCAACGGCACGAUUUUCGAGAAGUACGCUGAUGAGGCUACGAAUGCUAGGGGUGGCGGUGGUGAGUAUGAGGUUGUCGAGGGGUUUGGGUGGAGUAAUGGCGUGCUGAUUUGGGCGGUUGAUCAGUUUGGACAGAGGCUUAGGACGCCUGAGUGUGGGAAUAUUACUGCGGCGGAUAUUGGUGGGGCGAAGAGGAAGAGGAGUGCUGUGGAGCUGUCGAAGAGGGAUGCUAUGUGGGUUAAGCAGUUUAAGAGGUAGGGCUUGUAGGGUGGGGAUGCAGGGAAUGAGUGGAUGAG